CUGAGACAUGUGUGGUCCUACGUGGUGCGAUAUGAAAAUAAUUCUUCAGAAAUAAGUUGUUGUGUGAAGUAUACAAUAUUUGGAUUCAAUGUUAUUUUUUGGAUUGUUGGAUUCACUCUUUUAGCUAUUGGGAUGUGGGCGCAUCAUGAGAAAAAUACGGCCUAUUCACAUUUAAAUAAAGUAUCGAAAUUUUAUCUAGAUCCCGCCAUGUUUCUUAUUUUCGCUGGUACGUUUCUAAUAUUCCUUAUUGGUUUUAGUGGAUGUGUUGGUGCCUUACGAGAGAAUACUUGUUUUUUAGCUUUUUAUUCUGCGAUAAUAGGCCUGUUACUACUUGCAGAAAUGGCUUUAGUCGUUCUCAUUUUUGCUUCAAAAGAUUGGUUUACCCAGGAAUUGUUUUUGCGACUCGAUGAUACGGUUGUAAUGUAUCGAGAUGACCCCGAUUUACAAGCUCUUAUAGACUGGGUACAAAUCUAUUUUAAAUGUUGUGGCAUGAGAUCACCAAAUGAUUGGGAUAUGAAUAUCUAUUUUAAUAAAUCAUCGCAGGAAUUUUUAUCUCCUGAAGCGGGCGGCGUUCCAUAUUCUUGCUGCAAAAAAUUGAGUCUCGAUAAUGGCCCAAUAAAUUAUUUCUGUGGUCAUGGUGCCCGCUUAAUAAAAGAGGUUCUAUUCUACUGCCUUUUACAGGGUGUAAGUGAUUCAAUACACAAUGAAGGUUGCACGCCAAAAAUCGAAAACUAUUUGAUACAAAAUAUGACUUAUGUUGCCGUCGCUGUUGUUGUGGUAGCUGUGGUGCAGAUUCUUGGUAUUUUGUUUGCACAAAAUCUGCGAAGUGAUAUAUUUGCUCAACGUGCAAGGUGGUUUUAUCACAGGUAA